AUCAAAUUCAUUCUUUCUAUGGACGUAAAUGGUUGGCAGUGACAUUGGAUGUUCUUUUGAAUAAAUAUAAACUAGAAAUUGUCUUACGAGGACAUAGGAGACUUCGAAAUAAUGCAGUUGUAUUAAAAGUUAAAUCUUUUAGAAAAACAUAUGUAAUAAAGAUAUUUGAUCCGAUAUACUCAAAAUCAAUUGUACGCCAGAAAGCUUAUUAUCUUGAAACCAUGAGGGAUUGUAUUAAUUCAUUCAUUAAGGAAUGUUGUGCAUAUGCUAUAUUACAAGGUCAAGAAUUCAUACCAAAAAUACAUCAAGUUGGAACAUUGACAAGCGAUACGAACCAAAGGGCGACAAAGGUAUUUGCUGGUGAAAAUAUAAAUUUAAAGGGAUUUUAUAUCAUAAUGGAAUAUAUAGAUACUAUAAGUCUCACUAAAUGUUGGAUCCUGCAAAAUGAAUGCUUAAAUAUUCAAGCUAAGAAAGCUUUGAAAAGUAUUCAUGAUUAUGGAAUCAGUCAUGGCGGUAUAACGCAUGAAAAUUUCUUAAUUAAGAAUCUGGAUAAAUACAAAGAUAAUCUAAAGGUUUAUUUCAUUGACUUUGGAUGUUGUAAAUUUUCUAAGUUGCAAACUCAAUUCCCAAAUAUUUGUACGAACAAAAAAAGCUUCAACAAUUCCAAAAAGAGGGAUGAAGCAAAUAUCAAUCAAUAUUUCAUUGACUUAUAAGAAGAAAAUGGAGAACUUCAUAUGUAGUACAAUAUAAAUAAUAUACUAAUUAAAAAAAUGUAAAAAAAAGAUCAAAUGAUUUUGCCCAGGAUCGAACUGGGGACGUUCUGCGUGUUAAGCAGAUGCCAUAACCAACUAGACCAC